CCCCGGGGCCGGGGUCGCUCCCCAGCCAUGUCCAAGCUGCUGCCGGCGCAGGAGGCGGCUCGCAUCUACCACACCAACUACGUGCGGAAUGCUCGGGCCAUGGGCGUGCUCUGGGCCCUCUUCACGCUCUGCUUCUCCAUCCUGAUGGUGGUGACCUUCAUCCAGCCCUACUGGAUCGGCGACAGCAUCGACACGCCGCAGGCCGGCUACUUCGGCCUCUUCUCCUACUGCAUCGGCAACGCGCUCACCGGCGAGCUCAUCUGCAAGGGCAGCCCGCUGGACUUCGGCACCAUCCCCUCCAGUGCCUUCAAAACUGCCAUGUUCUUCGUGGGCAUCUCCACCUUCCUCAUCAUCGGCACCAUCCUCUGCUUCAGCCUCUUCUUCUUCUGCAACGCGGCCACCGUGUACAAAGUGUGCGCCUGGAUGCAGCUGGCAGCGGGUGAGCGGGGCUGGGGGCCGCGGGAGCGGGGGCUGCCGGGCCCGAGCCUCGUCCCCCUCUGCCCUCCACUCUGCCGGGGAUGGGGUUUGGCCGGUUCAGAGACCCCCCCAGUGUCGCCUCCGUGCCAUUUGCUCCCCCUCACUGGUUACCAGUGGGGAGUUUUUAGUGAAACUCCUUCCAGGGCAGCUGAGGCACAGCAGACUCGCUGCAUGUUGGGUGAUGCUGCCAAAGCUUGUGGUCCCAAACCCUGUGUCCCCAAACCCUGUGCCCCCAAAUCCUGUGGCCCCAAAACCUGUGCCCCCAAACCUUGUGGCUGCCAAACCUUGUGCCCCCAAACCCUGUUCCCCCAAACCCCGUGGCCCCAAACCCUGUGGCCCCAAUCCUUGUGCCCCCAAACCCUGUGCCCCUCUUGCCCUGGGCAGCUUCUCGCAGCCCCUGCUCCUGCUCAGCCGCAGGGAGGCUGCAGAGGAUCAGCUCCAGAGCACCAAAAACCCCCCAGGGCACAGAGAGCUCUGCUGCCUUUGGGAUCCUGCAGGAACCGGGCAGGGACACGGCGGUGACACUCGCUGGCCCUUUGUGGUAACUCCCCGAGCUCAGGGAAUAAUGCCCCGUGGGGAGGAUGGAACUCGAGCAGGGCACUGGCUGGUUUUACCACCACUCGCAUUCUCUCCCUUUGCUGCUCAUCCCCGCGGUCCUCAAGCCUUCCCCUCUCUCCCCGGGGACUUGAGAAGCUGGUAACCCAAGCCUGUGCUCGGCCAGGGCUCUGCUGCUCCUGAAUGAUUCAUGUGAGCCGGGGCUGACCCCGUGGGAGGGCAGGGGGCUGCUCCUGCUCCCGCCUGAGGAUCCAGCUCAAGCCAAGAUUUAGAUAAGGAGCUUGGGGCAGCUCAGCCUCCUGGGGAGCACGAGCAGACACAGCCUUUGCUGUGGUA